AUGCUUAACAUCAUAUGGAUGAUGUUAAUAAUGGCAACUAAUGCAAGCCAUUUAUCACUUGAUGCGGAAUUAUUAGGAUUUGACUGCGUAGAUAUUAACGCGGAAAGAACAAUUGUCAGUUUAAUCGACACCCAAGAGUGCAAAUUGACCCGCACCAAUACAUCAACAGAAAGUGUGGAAGUUCAAAUUUUUGGCAAUAAGAUUUAUGAAACACUGAAUAUUUUGCAAUGUUUCGUUUCCUAUUCCAUCUUGAUAACUCGCUGUGGCAGUCUUUUCGCGGAUACGUUUAUAACGCGAAGUAAUUACAUACUCGAAUUAUCAGAAGAAUCAUGUACCAAUAUUUUUAAUAGAAAAUAUUUCGUUGAUCCAGUUAGACCGUUCAUACAAAUUCCAAUAAGACAAAAUAAAGGUUUCUAUAAUGGUAUUGUUGAGGGAUCAUUAGACACAUCCUCCGGUAAAUGUACUGGUACGACUUACGUAGACUACUAUGGAAAGACACACGAAAAAGUUUACGUACACUAUGAAGUUAAAGUAAGACUCCAUCAAGGCCAAGCAACUUUAAAUUUACAUGACAGCAAAGUCAUACUUCCGAGUGGGAUGACAUCUAUGUAUGACAAUUUGAAGUACCAAAGGUGCCUUAUUAAUCAGAAAAUUUUAAAGAACACUCUGGAUAUGGCGAAAGCUGAUCCAAAUAAUUUUGCCAUGACUUUCAUUGGAAAACCAGGUUACUUUGCGAAAAUCUCUGGUGUAGUAGCCCAUAUUAUUAAGUGUAAAGCACACAUCGUAAAGUUAAGAAAAACAAAAGCUUGUUACAUGGAAAUCCCAGUAACACAUAACAGCGACGAAGUUUUCUUACAGCCAAAAACACAUAUAAUCAUUACAGAAGGCACUGAAAUAGAUUGCAAUUUAUUCUUUCAACCAACGUUUUUCAUUGGUGAUCGUUGGGUUACAAACGACCACGGCAAAUUCAAAUUAGCUAACACACCUGAAAAAAUAAAAUCUAGUUCAACAAGCGAUUGGAAAUUUAAGCCUUUAAAAGGCGUGGCACAUAAAGGAAUUUAUUCUAGUGCAGACAUUAAAAAUUAUAUAAAAAGCAUUAAUGAACCAAUGGCUUCAGAUCCAAUCGAUCAACAGUUUUAUCAUAACGAUUUUAAGAAAAAUAAAUUUUACUCAACCGAACUACAAAAAGAAGACAUGUUUACGUCUAUCCUUAAAGCCAUUCAAGAGAAGGAAAAUUUCAUGAAAGUUUUAUCUAUAUUGUUAGAAUGCAUAGAAGAAUAUCUUUUCGAAACUCUUGCUUAUGCCUCCGAAAUAGGAACAUAUUAUGCAGCAAUCCUAGCCUUAAUAUGUUUUUUAAAUAUAACAAAACAGUUUUUUAAAUGGGCAUUUGACGGAAAGUCGGUAAAAGAACUGAUGAAUUCAAUUGGGAGAUUCUUUUAUCGCGUCUUAAUUUGGUUUAGAAACUUACUAGUACAAUCUGCCGACCAAGCAACAGCUACCCCUCAGCCUGAACCUGAGGUUAACAUAAAUCUCCACCCGUUUACUAGACGCUCAAGAGCAUCAAUUGCAUAA